UACCCAUCUGCUCAAAUAGAAUAACAACUAUGAUGAACAUUAACCAUAAAAUGCUGGGAUAUAUACGAAACCGAAUAGCAUUCAUGUAUAGUUGAUUUUCUCCACCAAUCUAGAAGGAGAUACCGAGAAAACCAGAAUGCACUCGUUUGUGAAAUUCUGUGUCCCACUGUUAUUUGCUAUAAGUGCGUCACAUGUUGACGCCAAGCUUCUGUAUACGCACAAUCCUGACGGUUCAUACAGUUUCGCGGCAGCAGGUAACCCAAGAUUUAACUUCAGUAAUGGAGAUGUGUUCUUACAAUCUGAUGGAAACUUUUAUUCAACCAGAGAUAAAACAUUAAAAAUGACUGCCAACAAAACAAUAUCUGGUGAAGAUGUGAACGGUGAGUACGAAGGUAUGGUAUAUUCGUAUGCAGCUGAAGAAUAUCAUAUGCAAAAUCAAGUGUUGGUUUACAAUGGAGGAGAGUUUGCACGAUUCACUCAGAGUUUCCCAAAUGGUGUUUUAAAGAGUAACAUCUCGAAUACCGACGGUUUGCUUUCCUGUUUCCCUAGUUUUAAUACAAAAACAACAGCGGAAUUUGCCGGAUUUCUUCAUAUGAAUGGGGAUAUGUGUGGAAAAGAUUUCAGUAUUGCAAACUUUUCUAUGGGAUCAGACAUGCUUCACAGCGGACAAAAAGCAGGUCCUUUGGUUGCAUUCGAUGAGUAUGGAAAUGCAAUGGUGAUUUCUGCCUUCAGUAAUUUCAUGGCACAUAGCAUGAUGUACGACAGUGUGACCUCACAAUUAUACUAUGGUAUACUUGGUGGCUUCAAAAGCGUUCCACAACACUACCAGAUUGACACAAUACUUUACUUUGGAGAUGAAGGAAUGAAUCGCGCAAUCGAGGGAUGGGGUGAGGUUCUUGCGAGAAGAUAUGGGAAAUCAAGGUCUCGUCGUGAUAGCGACCUCACGGUCAAAUAUCUCGGAUACUAUACGGAUAAUGGUGCAUAUUACUACUACAAUACCGAACCAAAAAUGAAUUAUGAAGAAACCAUUCUUGGCGUCGUUAACCAGUCAAAAUUUGAAGGCAUUCCAUACAAAUAUGUUCAGUAUGAUUCUUGGUUUUACUACAAAGGAUUAGGGGACGGAGUCAAAGAAUGGGUUGCAAUGCCCAGCAUAUUUCCGAAUGGAACGGUAGGUCUUUUUCAAGAACAUGGUAUGCCAGUUGCAGCACACAAUCGUUACUGGGCGUCUGAUAACGUAUAUGCAACACAGAACGGUGGAAAAUAUAGUUUCUAUAUCGAUACCCUAUCGGGAAAAGCUCUACCUGAUGACUAUAGAUUUUGGUCAGAUUUUUUCCACAAUGCAACAAAGUGGGGAUUGAUAUUGUACGAGCAAGAUUGGCUAGACAUUGAAUUUGAAAAUAUGGAUACUAUACAUGAAGAUAUCAAUGUUGGUAAAUACUGGUUGAAAUCGAUGGGACAGGCUGCUGAAGAACAUGGAAUUAGUAUUCAAUACUGCAUGGCGUUGUCUCGACAUAUGUUACAGAGUAUUGAAAUUCCCGCUGUAACGCAAGCCAGAGUAAGCGACGACUACCAUCCUGGAAACAGUCAAUGGAAGACUGGAGUCGAAUCGAUGUUUGCAAAUGCUCUUCAUCUGGCGCCAUUUAAAGACACUUUCUGGAGUACUUCAAACCAAACCGGUAGUCCAUACGGCAAUGAUACCGAACCGAAUACCGACUUACAGGCUGCUAUGGCAACGUUAACCACUGGACCUGUGGGACCCGGAGAUAGAUAUUCCAACAUGUCAAAGAGCAUAUUGAAGACUUGUAGAGCGGACGGAAUGAUUUUGAAACCAUCACGACCAAUUACGGUUUGGGAUCAACAUGUGAUUAAUCACGCUUUUCCUAAGAAUAUGAAAGCGGGAUCUCCCAACUUGGAUUCUGAAGUUUAUUCGACAUAUACAGACAUACCAUUCACCAACGGUCCACUACGUCACGGAAUCAUGGUGGUUACUGAUCUGAAUGUCACAGAUUUUAAGGCUACACCGAGUAUUAUGUUUCUGGACGAAACGAAAUAUACAGAUUAUAUAGCCUAUCACGGCCAUCCCGGAAAUGAUGGCAACAUUCACAAGUUCAGUGAUAAUUCCCCGCUAACAAUUCCUAAAUGCGGAAGAUCAGAUUUUCAACUGUGGUAUUUUGCACCUGUGAUUGAAGUUAGCUCACAAAGUCAUGUAGCUAUUCUUGGCGAGAGGAAUAAAUGGGUCCCGGUAUCCACGCAGAGAAUAAAAAAUGUUGAACAAAAAGAGAACGACUUACUUGUCGAUAUCGAAGGAAUGCCUGGGGAGGCCGUACAAUUCGGAUUUUCAGUGAAUCAAUUUGUUGAAUUUGUAAACUGCAACAUCCCAAGUACUGGAAAAGCCAGAAUAAAUCUGAAUACAUUAACAUGUACCGCUAUUUGAAAGCCACUAUUUCGAACUUGAGUGCAAAUACAUGACAAAACAAAUAUAACACUACAAACACUUAUUCGUAUCACUAUGUAGCAAUGCAACGGUAUAAUCGUGGGUAGUGAGUAGUAAGCAGGAUCGACAU